UGCCAAGUUACCAUAGACAACGUUGUGAUCAUUUUUUAAAAUAUUAACAUGAAGUUUGAGUUAAUUAUCAGUUACCAUCUUGUAUGAUCCAAAUUUCUGAUUUCCAAAAAAUUGGUGUUGGGCUUGUUGGAUUUGGGAUAUUUUUCAUAUUAUUGGGUGUCACAUUUUUCUUUGAUAAAGCCUUAUUAGCAAUUGGAAAUCUCUUAUUUGUGGUGGGACUUGUCUGUGUUAUAGGUGUUGAACGAACAAUCAAAUUUUUCUUCCAAAAACAUAAAUGGAAGGGCAGCCUCGGAUUCGCCACUGGCGUUGCCUUAGUUUUAGUAGGAUGGCCUCUUUUGGGAAUCAUUAUUGAGGCAUAUGGAUUUGUUCUUCUCUUUGGGGGAUUCUUCCCAGUCGUUAUUAGCUUUCUAAAAAGGGUUCCAAUCAUUGGUACCAUUCUUUACCUACCCGGGAUAAACAAAUAUUUAAAUUAAUUUUCAACAGAUUGUAUGUUAUCUUGAAGGUGGAUCUUCUAAAUCUUUUGUGUGAUCUAGAAUGACAUCUAAUAUAAAGAUACACUUAUCAAAUCAUUCAAUAAUCUUCGGACAUUGUACAUACAUAGAUUAUUACCGGUUUUAUCAAUUAUUUUCCCAUAGCUUUUCGUGGCAAAUAAAUUUUUUUAUUUGUUUUAAAUGUGUUUCAAUAUAAUUAUAGUAUUUUACUUUCUAGUGCACCCACUUUCAAAAAAUAUAGGUAUCAAACUUAAAACCUACAGUGGGUUGAAAAAUUAACAUUUUUUAUACUAGAUUAAUCGUAUUUCUUCAUAUUUUUUCAACAUAAUAU